UCUUCCGAUCUAUGUCAAAGUCAAAAUACGCAACAUCAACAAAUAGCGAAAAUAUUAUGCUAAAGUUCUAUUUUUCUGUAAACAGUAAUAAUUAGAUUGUGUAUCUUACUUAGUCAGUCUAUAGGAAUCCUUAAGUAAAGAAGACGGUAUAAGUCCAAUCCAAACAAGUGGUGUGCAAAACGAAAACAUUCCUUAGAAGUACCAAAAUGUUAUCGUCACUGAUUAAAGAACAUCAAGUAAAACAAGCUUCAAAAAGAGUUAUACAAGAACAAAAACGAAAAGAAUGUAUAGCAGCUGCAAAUGAUUUGACUCAAGCGCUUGUUGACCAUCUAAAUGUGGGAGUGGCCCAAGCCUACCUAAAUCAAAAGAAAUUAGAUGCUGAAGCAAAACUACUGCACCAGGGUGCUAUCAACUUUGCUAAGCAAACACAACAAUGGCUAGCUCUUGUAGAAAACUUUAGUAGUGCCCUCAAAGAAAUUGGAGAUGUGGAAAACUGGGCGAGAAGUAUUGAGAAUGAUAUGAAGAUUAUCACAGAUACAUUAGAAAGAGCUUACGAAAUGACACAAGAACAACCAACUAAUGCUAGCAGCACUAGUACUAGUAGUAACCAAUAAUCCCUCUUUCAUAAGUAGAAAAAUCAUUCCUGUUUUGUUUAUCAAUAUUUAUAGUUAUUAUUAUAAUAAUAAUAAUAAUAAUAUCUGGCAACACUACAAACGUCAACUUGUGAAAAUUUUACUCUGCUUUUAUAUAAAUAAUUUAUACAUAUUCCUUUCUGUUUUCGUUUCUUCUAAUAUUUAUCAACAAUAGAAAAA